AACGGGAUCAGUGACGUCAGACGCAAAGCGCCGGGCCUACUGCCGGAGCGUGAGGGACGACUCGAAUUCCGUUUGGAGGCAUCUUUGAGCUCCUCGAGUAGACAUCAUGAGCAAAGCUCACCCUCCCGAGUUGAAGAAAUUUAUGGACAAGAAGUUAUCAUUGAAAUUAAAUGGUGGCAGACAUGUCCAAGGAAUAUUGAGGGGAUUUGAUCCCUUUAUGAAUCUUGUGAUAGAUGAAUGUGUGGAGAUGGCAACUAGUGGGCAACAGAACAAUAUUGGAAUGGUGGUAAUACGAGGAAAUAGUAUCAUCAUGUUAGAAGCUUUGGAACGAGUAUGAACAAUGGCUGUCUUCAGAGAAAUCAACUGCUUCCACAUGUCCCCUCUCCACAUUUUACUACAAUGAAAAUUGGGUCGUGUACAUUUUCUUACUGAACUUUUUUGUUAAAUAAACUUCUGUAAUAGUCAAAAAUGCUUUCUCAGCUGUUCUGAACAUAGAAGAUUUGCUCUUAUUCUGAUUUUUUUCUAUCAUGACCUGUUCCUAGUUGUGA